AUGAACGGCAUAUGUAAGAUACGAUACGAGUCCGAACAUCUUCGGUCAUUUUGGGAUGGCCAGUUCCAAACGCUAGUUUUUGAAAUUGUUCAAUUAAAUGGUUUUAUAUGGGAAACCAUUUACGGUAAUCGAUGGUUUUUGCAUAAUCGAAACUUGUUUUUGUACGAAGAAAGAACUGGUCCAGAAGAAGAGGAAACUCUGAAAAUAUGCAUGAAGCUUUUUGGUUGCGAGUGUUGUUUACGAAUUCACAAGCGGGAUUUUUGCGUUUUGCAAUCAAAGUAA